UCUCUCUCUCUCUGUGUCUGAGAUUCAUUCUUGGGCUUCGUCUUCAUUACAGGCAGCCUCCCUCUAUUGUCUCCUUGAACAACUGCGGAGUUGAUACUUAUUUUCUCUUCUUCUUUUUUCCUUUUUUUCUCUCGCACCCUUAAAACCAGCCCUUCUGGUCACGACUUUUUAGUAAAUGGCUACAUAGAUGCUUUUCUCUUCGCCCUGCGGAUGAUCUAAUUCUCCUCAAAUCCUUUUUUUUUUCUCUCUGCUGGUGUAGAAGGGGAAGGGAAAAAAGCUCACACUUGAGGAGGAGGACUGAUAUAUAUAUAUAUAUAUAUUCUUUUUUUUUGGGAGAGGUGGGGGGAAACUGCUGAGCUACGCAAGGAAGUUGCCUGAGGCGGACAGGGACCCCGAGGAGUCUACAGGAGAGGCUGGAGCUCCUCGCGCUCUGUCGGAGGGAUUUGAUUUUCUGAUUUCGGAGGCUCCACUGAAGAUGUAACUUGAGGACUACAUGCCUAACCCCCCAACUAGACUCCUGCGACGCCGCCGCACCAACGUUUUCCCACGCUCUCCAACCUCUUCUGGAAUAUGAUUCAGUCAUGGGGCUCGGCUAGCUCCGCCCAGUUGACCAGUAGGCCAGUAGGAAGGCCCGACAUUUAGGAAUACCUGCCUAAGCCUCCUCUAAGAUUACAGUGUUUGUUAACUCGCACCCUGAUCAUGGAACCACAUCCAGCUUCAUGCCCAAAGACUCCGACGUCCGUCAUCUUCCUGCUCGUGGCUACUUCCUCCACCUGGCUCCUUCCCGUCGCCUCCCCUCAACGGAUCCCCACGGAUCCCCAGGCGGCGCCGGAGUACGCCCACUCCAUCCGACUGGACGGCGACAUCAUACUCGGCGGAUUAUUCCCGGUGCACUCGCGGGGGGACCGCGGCACGCCAUGCGGGGAGCUGAAAAAGGAAAAGGGCAUCCACCGCUUGGAGGCCAUGAUGUUCGCCAUCGACCUGAUCAACAAGGACCCGGAGCUGCUGCCCAACAUCACGCUGGGGGCCCGCAUCUUGGAUACCUGCUCCAGGGACACGUACGCUCUGGAGCAGUCCCUGACGUUCGUGCAGGCCUUGAUAGAGCGGGACGGCUCGGACGUCCGCUGCGCCAACGGAGACGCUCCCAUCUUCACCAAGCCGGAUAAAAUCGUGGGAGUGAUAGGAGCCGCGGCCAGCUCGGUGUCCAUCAUGGUGGCCAACAUCCUGCGCCUGUUUAAGAUCCCCCAGAUCAGCUACGCCUCCACGGCCCCUGAACUGAGCGACAACACUCGCUAUGACUUCUUCUCGCGCGUGGUGCCACCGGACUCCUACCAGGCCCAGGCCAUGAUGGACAUCGUCACGGCGAUGGAGUGGAACUACGUGUCCACGCUCGCCUCGGAGGGCAACUACGGAGAGAGCGGGGUGGAGGCCUUCGUCCAGAUUUCCAGAGAAACUGGUGGUGUGUGCAUCGCCCAGUCCUUGAAGAUCCCCAGGGAGCCCCGGCCAGGAGAGUUUGACAAGAUCAUCCGACGCCUGCUGGAGACCUCCAAUGCCAGGGCCAUCAUCAUGUUCGCUAAUGAGGACGACAUACGGCGAGUUCUGGACGCGGCUAAAAGGAACAACCAGACAGGCCACUUCCUGUGGGUGGGGUCUGACAGCUGGGGCUCCAAGAUCUCCCCUGUGAUUGGCCAGGAGCGAGUAGCGGAGGGAGCCAUUACGAUUCUUCCCAAACGAGCGUCUGUGGACGCUUUCGACCGUUAUUUCCGUAGCCGCUCGCUGUCCAACAACAGGAGAAAUGUUUGGUUCGCUGAAUUCUGGGAGGAAAACUUCAACUGUAAGCUGGGCAUGCACGGCAAACGACCCGGCAGCCUGAAGAAAUGCACAGGUUUAGAAAAGGUUGGCCGUGACUCCAGUUAUGAACAAGAGGGGAAGGUUCAGUUUGUGAUGGAUGCGGUGUACGCCAUGGCCCACGCUCUGCACCGCAUGCACCGGGAGCUGUGCUACGGGUACCCAGGCCUGUGCCCACGGAUGGCCAGCAACAUCGACGGCAAAGAGCUGCUCAGCCACAUCCGCGCUGUCAGCUUCAAUGGAAGCGCCGGUACGCCGGUGGUUUUCAACGAGAACGGAGACGCUCCGGGAAGAUACGAUAUCUUCCAGUACCAGAUCACCAACAGAUCUACUGCCGAGUACAGAGUCAUCGGCUCCUGGACCAAUAAAUUACACCUCAGGGUGGAGGCCAUGCGUUGGAGGACAGGUGAUCCAUCUCUCCCAGCCUCCGUGUGCAGCGUCCCUUGCCGAACGGGCGAGAGGAAGAAGGUGGUGAAAGGUGUUCCCUGCUGCUGGCACUGCGAGCGCUGUGAGGGAUACCACUACCAGGCUUCGGAGUUCACCUGUGAGCUGUGUCCGUACGAGAUGCGACCCGACGCCAACCGCACCGGCUGCGUUCCCAUCCCGAUCAUCAAGCUGGAGUGGCACUCCCCGUGGGCCGUCGUCCCCGUCUUCAUCUCCAUGCUGGGGAUCAUCGCCACGUCCUUCGUCAUCGUCACGUUCGUCCGGUACAACGACACGCCCAUCGUGCGGGCGUCCGGCCGGGAGAUGAGCUACGUGCUGCUAACGGGGAUAUUCCUGUGCUACGCCAUCACCUUCCUGAUGAUCGCGACGCCGGACGUGGGCGUGUGUUCGUUCAGGAGGAUUUUCUUGGGCUUGGGGAUGUGCUUCAGCUACGCCGCGCUGCUCACCAAGACCAACAGGAUACACCGCAUUUUUGAGCAGGGGAAGAAGUCUGUGACAGCACCCAGGUUCAUCUCUCCCGCCUCCCAGCUCGUCAUCACCUUCUCCCUGAUCUCGGUUCAGCUCCUGGGCGUCUUCGUGUGGUUUGCCGUGGACCCUCCCCACACCAUGGUGGACUACGGCGAGCAGCGCACCCAGGACCCCAUGUCGGCGCGCGGGGUCCUCAAGUGCGACAUCUCGGACCUGUCGCUCAUCUGCUCCCUGGGCUACUCCAUCCUGCUGAUGGUGACGUGCACGGUUUACGCCAUCAAGACGCGAGGCGUGCCCGAGACCUUCAACGAAGCCAAGCCCAUCGGAUUUACCAUGUACACCACCUGCAUCAUCUGGCUGGCGUUCAUACCCAUCUUCUUCGGCACGUCGCAGUCUGCGGAAAGGAUGUAUAUCCAAACCACCACUCUGACCAUUUCUCUCAGCCUGUCUGCGUCCGUGUCUCUGGGGAUGCUCUACAUGCCCAAGGUCUACAUCAUCCUCUUCCACCCCGAGCAGAACGUACCCAAACGAAAACGCAGCUUCAAGGCGAUCGUGACAGCAGCCGCCAUGUCUGGAAAACUGACCCAGAAGGGAGGAGACCGGCCAAACGGAGAAGUUAAAACUGAGCUAUGUGAGAGCAUGGAGACCAACAGUGACUUCAUCAACUAAGACGACAUAUGUCAGCUACAGUAAUCAUGCCAUCUGAAGGGACCAAAGAAUGAGGGGAUUGGACAGGAGAAGGGGGCGUGUCGUGGGGCGGGGGCCAAGUGAACGAAAGAGCCGUCGUCCAAAGCUGAUUGGCUGUAGAACUGGCGGAGGGACAGAAGGACGGACGGACGGACAGAGCGCCAAACGGAAUCCAAGCAUGAGACAUUUUGUAUUGUUCCCCAUCAAACCACGGAGGUGGGACCACAUAAACAGCCAGUCAGUGUGCCUGCUUUCCUGCUGCUCACAGCUCAUUGGUCCUACCAUGAACUUCCCUGUUUAAAAAAAAAAAGGAGAAAAAAAAGGAAACAACGUGAAAAAAAAAUGACAUACCAUAGGACACUGUGGUGGACAGAGUAACUAUUAAAACCUACAAAAAAUAUAUAAAAAAAAUAAAAUAAAAAUGAAAUAUUAAUAAAAAAAAAAACUCAGAAACCGUGUAGACAUUAUAUCUAAAAGGGCAAAGGUGAAAAAGAGAUUUAACAGAUUACAUUUUAAAAGAUAUUGAAAAAGAGAACUGUAAGAGAAAAUUUAUGAGACUCAAACAUGUUUGUUGUUAUUCUCUACUUGUAAGUAUUUUUGUGGUCGUGACGAUUUUUUCAUUCUUGUCUCACCGUUGUCUGAUGGAUCGCCCGUGCAUAAUGAGAUGAGUGUGUUUCCUCCUGCUGUCUUGGCUAACCGGGUUGUAGCCUUGGGUCGUGAACCUGUAAAAUGCCAUGGUUGAAGCAUGCCAGUUUUUAUACAAAAAGGAGAUUUAUUUAUAAUAAAGGAAUGUUUUGCAAAUGUG